UGUGCAUGCUAGGCAAGUGCUGUACCACUGAACUUUUCCCAGUCUGUCAAUCAUCGUUUAAAGAAAGAACAUUUAAAAUGAGAAGAAACAGGAUUUUUUUGCCUUUACGUUUCUGGUACUCUUCAUUGAACUGUGUGGAUACAGUUUUUCAUCUUUUAUGAUUUUCUUUCCUCCUGAAGAACUUGACCUUUUUUUUUAAUAGUACAGAUCUGUUGAUUACAUCCUUUUUUCAAAUUUUUGUCUCUGUUGAAAUUUUUUAUUUUGCUUUUAUUUUUGAAAGAUAUUUUAAUUGAAUAUGGAAUUCUAGGUCAGUAGUUUCAUGUUUUAAGUUUUUCAGUGAUGUCCUUCCUUCUUUUGCCUUCUAAGUUUCAGAUAAGGUGUCUUUGUUUAUUUUUAUCUUUGUUCUUCUGUAUAAUUAAUCAUUUUCUUUUUAAGAUUCUUCCCUUAUCACCAGAUUUCAGCAGUUUAUAACAUGCAUUGGCAGAUUGUGUGUACAUGUACGAGCAUGUGUGUGUGUGCAUGUGUGUUUGUUUAUUCUUGUUUGAGAUUUUUGGAUCUGGGUUUUAUAUUCAACCAAUUUUAGAAAAAUUCUGAUCAUGAUUUCUUUAAAUAAUAUCUUCUGUUCAUUCCAUAUGUAGAUUUUCAUCUCAAAAUAUUGGGCCUACUAAAGCCCCAGAACUCUGUUUUCUUUAUAAUUAUUAUUAUAUUAUGGUUUGUGGUCUGUGCUUUGCUUUGAAGAGUUUUGGUUUCCAUUUCUCCCAGCUUACUGAUCUUUUUUAAAAAAUUUUUUUUUCCCUGUAGUGUAAUCUUCUCUGGGUCCCAUCCAGAGAAUUUAUUGUUUUGGAUACAUUAGUGCUCUUUUAUCCAUGGUUUCAUUUUCAGUUACCCAAGGUCAACCAUGUGAACAUAUUAAAUGAAAAAUUUCAGAAAUAAACAAUUCAUAUGCUUUAAAUUGCAUGCCAUUCUGAGUACCAUAAUGAACUCUUGCUUUGCCCUGCUCUGUUCUGCCCAGGACAUGAACCAUUCCUUUGUCCAGUGUGUCCAUGCUGUAUAUGCUACCCACCUGAUAGUCAUUUAGAAGCCACCUCAGUUACCAGAUUAACUAUUGUGGUGUCACAGUGCUUGUUUUCAGAUAACCCACACAAGCCCUUAGCAAGUAAGGAAAGUUGGCAUCCAAGGGCAGAGCUCUUCCCCCUGUCUGUGUACUAGCAGUGGUGAUGAACUGAAAGCAGCCAGAGGCUCUGUUCCCUCAAACUGAUAGCAGGAAUGUACACAGAGGAGCUGAUUUUGGCCAUGUGCAGGUCUGCAGAAGGAAAGAAAGAAACUCUGGACUCACUAAUCUACUUUAUGUCUACUCUGGAACUUCAUAUUAAUAGAAGCUUCAGCACCAGUCAGCAAAGUGAAUAAAUACUGUGCUUCUUCCAACUUUCAUUCCACUUGGGGACAAAAGGAUAUCAUCAUGUCAAACAUUACGAUUGACCCCGAUGUCAAGCCUGGUGAAUAUGUCAUCAAGAGCCUCUUUGCAGAAUUUGCUGUUCAAGCUGAAAAGAAAAUUGAAGUUGUAAUGGCCGAGCCCUUGGAAAAGCUGUUGUCCAGAUCUCUUCAGCGGGGUGAAGAUCUUCAGUUUGACCAGUUGAUAAGCUCUAUGAGCUCAGUAGCAGAGCACUGUCUCCCUUCCUUACUUCGCACCUUGUUUGACUGGUACAGACGCCAAAAUGGAACCGAAGAUGAAUCUUACGAGUACAGGCCUCGAUCUAGCACAAAGACUAAGGGGGAUGAGCAGCAACGUGAAAGAGAUUAUCUUCAGGAAAGGCGGGACUUAGCAGUAGAUUUCAUUUUUUGUUUAGUUUUAGUUGAAGUUCUAAAGCAGAUUCCCGUUCAUCCUGUACCCGAUCCCUUAGUUCAUGAAGUUCUAAACUUAGCUUUUAAGCACUUUAAACAUAAGGAAGGAUAUUCAGGAACCAACACUGGGAAUGUGCACAUCAUUGCAGAUUUAUACGCAGAGGUGAUAGGGGUUCUUGCCCAGUCAAAGUUUCAGGCUGUAAGGAAGAAGUUUGUGACAGAAUUAAAAGAACUGCGACAAAAGGAACAAAGCCCCCAUGUGGUACAAAGUGUCAUCAGCUUAAUAAUGGGAAUGAAAUUUUUCCGGGUGAAAAUGUAUCCUGUAGAAGAUUUUGAAGCAUCAUUCCAGUUUAUGCAGGAAUGUGCUCAGUAUUUCUUAGAAGUAAAAGAUAAAGAUAUAAAGCAUGCACUUGCUGGUUUAUUUGUGGAGAUUCUUAUCCCUGUAGCUGCUGCUGUUAAAAAUGAAGUGAAUGUCCCCUGUUUGAAAAAUUUUGUGGAGAUGCUUUAUCAGACUACUUUUGAACUGAGCUCCAGGAAGAAGCAUUCAUUGGCUUUGUAUCCUCUAAUUACCUGCCUUUUAUGUGUCAGUCAGAAACAGUUUUUUUUAAAUAACUGGCAUAUUUUCCUACAGAACUGUUUGUCACAUUUAAAGAAUAAAGAUCCUAAAAUGUCUCGAGUUGCACUGGAAUCUUUGUAUAGAUUGUUGUGGGUUUACGUAAUUAGAAUAAAAUGUGAAAGCAACACUGUAACUCAAAGUCGUCUUAUGAGCAUAGUGUCAGCACUUUUCCCAAAAGGUUCUCGAAGUGUGGUUCCUCGUGACACACCUCUGAAUAUCUUUGUGAAGAUUAUUCAGUUCAUUGCUCAGGAACGUUUGGAUUUUGCAAUGAAAGAAAUAAUAUUUGAUCUUCUCAGUGUUGGAAAAUCUACUAAAACUUUCACCAUUAAUCCAGAGAGAAUGAACAUAGGCCUCAGAGUUUUCCUUGUAAUAGCAGACAGUUUGCAGCAAAAAGAUGGCGAACCACCCAUGCCGACAACAGGAGUUAUUCUGCCCUCAGGAAAUACUCUUCGUGUAAAGAAAAUUUUUCUCAACAAAACCUUGACAGAUGAAGAGGCAAAAGUCAUAGGAAUGUCAGUUUACUAUCCUCAAGUAAGAAAAGCAUUAGAUAGCAUUCUCCGACAUUUGGACAAAGAAGUUGGGAGACCAAUGUGCAUGACCAGUGUGCAGAUGUCUAAUAAGGAGCCUGAAGACAUGAUUACGGGGGAAAGAAAACCCAAAAUUGAUUUGUUUAGAACUUGUGUUGCUGCAAUUCCAAGGUUGAUUCCUGAUGGUAUGAGCAGAACUGACCUCAUUGAGUUAUUAGCAAGGCUCACGAUUCACAUGGAUGAAGAACUGCGUGCUCUGGCUUUCAAUACUCUGCAGGCACUAAUGCUCGACUUUCCAGACUGGCGGGAGGAUGUUCUUUCAGGAUUUGUUUAUUUUAUUGUUCGUGAAGUGACUGAUGUCCAUCCCACCCUUCUUGAUAAUGCUGUAAAGAUGUUGGUACAAUUAAUAAAUCAGUGGAAACAAGCAGCCCAAAUGCAUAACAAAAGCCAGGACUCACAGCAUGGCGUGGCUAAUGGAGCAUCUCAUCCCCCUCCUCUGGAGAGGAGCCCGUAUUCCACUGUGUUCCACGUGGUUGAAGGGUUUGCUCUUGUCAUUCUCUGUAGCAGCCGACCUGCCACUAGGAGAUUAGCCGUCAGUGUCCUUAGAGAAAUACGGGCUUUAUUUGCACUUUUGGAAAUGCCUAAGGGUGAUGAUGAAUUAGCCAUAGAUGUGAUGGACAGGCUGAGCCCAUCCAUUCUUGAGAGCUUUAUACAUCUCACAGGGGCCGAUCAGACUACUUUGCUGUAUUGCCCUAGCUCGAUAGAUUUACAGACAUUAGCAGAAUGGAACUCUUCUCCUAUUAGCCACCAGUUUGAUGUGAUUAGCCCAUCACACAUAUGGAUAUUUGCACAUGUGACUCAAGGCCAAGACCCAUGGAUUAUAAGUCUCUCUAGUUUUUUAAAGCAAGAAAACCUUCCCAAACACUGCUCGACAGCCGUGAGUUAUGCUUGGAUGUUCGCAUAUACAAGGCUGCAGUUGUUGUCUCCCCAGGUUGAUGUAAAUAGCCCCAUUAAUGCUAAGAAAGUAAAUACAACCUCGAGCAGCGACUCGUACAUCGGCCUCUGGAGAAAUUACCUGAUUCUUUGCUGUAGUGCAGCAAUGUCCUCAUCGUCUUCAGCAUCUGCAGGCUCUGUGAGGUGUUCUCCUCCUGAGACGCUGGCGUCCACCCCCGAUAGUGGCUACAGCAUUGAUUCCAAAAUCAUCGGCAUCCCAUCCCCAUCGUCCUUGUUUAAGCACAUAGUUCCCAUGAUGCGCUCUGAGAGCAUGGAAAUCACAGAAUCCCUCGUUCUAGGUCUUGGCAGGACCAACCCAGGAGCUUUCAGGGACCUAAUAGAGGAAUUACAUCCCAUAAUUAAAGAAGCACUCGAAAGAAGGCCAGAGAAUAUGAAGCGGCGCAGGCGUCGAGACAUUUUACGAGUGCAGCUGGUACGAAUAUUUGAACUGCUGGCAGACGCUGGUGCCAUUAGUCACAGUGCAAGUGGUGGCCUUGAUAAUGAAACACAUUUCCUCAACAACACUUUAUUGGAGUAUGUAGAUCUAACUAGACAACUCCUGGAAGCAGAAAAUGAAAAAGACUCUGACACACUGAAGGAUAUACGAUGCCAUUUUAGUGCCUUAGUGGCGAAUAUUAUUCAGAAUGUUCCAGUGCACCAGAGAAGAAGUAUUUUUCCUCAACAGAGCCUUCGACACAGUCUGUUUAUGCUGUUCAGUCACUGGGCAGGUCCUUUUAGCAUCAUGUUUACGCCCUUGGACAGAUACAGUGAUAGGAAUAUGCAAAUUAAUAGACAUCAGUAUUGUGCAUUAAAGGCUAUGUCUGCUGUACUAUGUUGUGGCCCUGUUGCAGAUAAUGUAGGACUUUCAUCAGAUGGCUACUUGUACAAAUGGCUGGAUAACAUCUUGGACUCUCUGGACAAAAAGGUUCAUCAGUUGGGCUGUGAAGCAGUCACGUUGUUGCUGGAGCUGAACCCUGAUCAGAGCAACCUGAUGUACUGGGCUGUGGAUCGAUGUUAUACGGGUUCCAGGCGGGUAGCUGCUGGCUGCUUUAAAGCCAUCGCUAAUGUAUUCCAGAACAGGGAUUAUCAGUGUGACACCGUGAUGCUCCUAAAUCUGAUACUGUUUAAAGCAGCUGAUUCUUCUAGAAGUAUCUAUGAAGUUGCUAUGCAACUUUUACAGAUCCUGGAACCGAAGAUGUUUCGUUAUGCUCACAAAUUAGAGGUUCAGAGAACGGAUGGAGUCCUCAGCCAGCUGUCUCCUCUGCCACAUCUGUACUCUGUUUCUUAUUACCAGCUGUCUGAGGAGUUAGCAAGGGCAUAUCCCGAGCUCACUCUCGCCAUAUUCUCAGAGAUAAGCCAGAGGAUUCAGACAGCUCACCCCGCAGGACGGCAGGUCAUGCUGCACUACUUGUUACCAUGGAUGAACAACAUCGAGUUGGUAGAUUUAAAACCUUUGCCCACAGCAAGGCGACAGGAUGAAGAGGAAGAUGAUUCAUUAAAAGACCGAGAACUCAUGGUGACAAGCAGGCGCUGGUUACGGGGAGAAGGCUGGGGGUCCCCGCAAGCCACUGCCAUGGUCCUGAACAACCUAAUGUACAUGACAGCAAAGUAUGGUGAUGAGCUGGCCUGGUCAGAGGUGGAGAACGUGUGGACCACACUUGCAGAUGGCUGGCCGAAAAACCUGAAAAUCAUUUUGCACUUUUUGAUCAGCAUUUGUGGGGUGAAUAGUGAACCAAGCCUCUUGCCUUAUGUGAAGAAGGUUAUCGUUUAUUUGGGUAGAGACAAAACAAUGCAGUUGCUAGAAGAGCUGGUGAGUGAGCUUCAGCUGACAGAUCCCGUCAGUUCUGGCGUCAUUCACAUGGAUAACCCCCCCUACUAUCGCAUCACCUCCAGCUGCAAAGUCCCUUCUGUCACCUCAGGAACUACUUCUAGUAGCAAUACAAUGGUAGCCCCCACAGAUGGCAACCCUGAUAUUAAGCCCAUAAAGGAGAAUCUUGAAGAGAGCUAUGUGCACCUGGACAUCUACAGUGGAUUAAACAGUCACUUAAACCGUCAACACCACAGACUAGAAUCUCGAUAUAGUAGCAGCUCUGGAGGAUCUUAUGAAGAAGAAAAAAGUGAUUCAAUGCCACUUUAUUCUAAUUGGCGACUGAAAGUGAUGGAGCAUAACCAAGGAGAACCACUGCCCUUCCCACCAGCUGGAGGCUGCUGGUCACCACUGGUGGAUUACGUGCCUGAAACGUCAUCACCUGGAUUACCUCUUCACAGGUGUAACAUAGCAGUUAUCCUUCUGACUGAUCUGAUCAUUGAUCAUAGUGUGAAGGUAGAAUGGGGAAGCUACCUCCAUCUUCUUCUUCAUGCAAUUUUUAUAGGGUUUGACCACUGCCACCCUGAGGUGUAUGAACAUUGCAAACGCCUGCUUCUGCACUUAUUAAUAGUGAUGGGGCCCAACAGUAACAUCCAAACUGUUGCUUCUGUCCUACUCAGGAACAAGGAGUUCAAUGAGGCCAGGGUGCUGACAGUCAAACACACUGCAAACUCAGAUUACACUUUCACAGCAGGCAUUAAUGAUUUUAUACCUGAUUACCAGCCCUCCCCUAUGACCGACUCAGGGCUUAGCUCAAGUUCUACCUCUUCUAGCAUCAGCUUAGGAAACAACAGCGCUGCCAUUUCACACCUGCACACCACGCUCCUCAAUGAGGUGGACAUCUCGGUGGAGCAGGAUGGAAAAGUCAAAACCCUCAUGGAAUUCAUUACCUCAAGGAAAAGAGGGCCUCUUUGGAACCAUGAGGACGUGUCUGCCAGGAAUCCUAGCAUAAAGAGUGCUGAACAGUUAACUACGUUUUUGAAACAUGUGGUUUCUGUUUUUAAGCAGUCAAGCUCAGAAGGAAUUGAUCUGGAACAUCAUCUUAGUGAAGUUGCUCUGCAAACGGCGCUUUCCUGUUCUUCUCGGCACUAUGCUGGGAGAUCCUUUCAGAUAUUCAGGGCCCUGAAGCAGCCUCUGUCUGCAACUACGCUUUCUGAUGUUCUCUCCAGACUUGUGGAAACUGUCGGGGAUCCAGGAGAAGAUGCACAGGGAUUUGUGAUUGAGCUGCUUCUCACCUUGGAAUCUGCAAUUGAUACUUUGGCUGAAACCAUGAAGCAUUACGAUCUUCUCUCUGCCCUUUCUCAAACCUCAUACCAUGAUCCUAUAAUGGGAAACAAGUAUGCAGCUAACAGGAAAAGCACUGGACAACUCAAUCUAAGCACAAGUCCCAUUAAUAGGAGCAAUUAUUUGGGAUAUAACAGUAAUACAAGAAGUAACUCUUUGAGAUUAAGUUUAAUUGGUGACCGAAGAGGUGACAGGCGGCGCAGUAACACACUGGAUAUAAUGGAUGGACGGAUAAACCAUAGCAGUAGCUUAGCCAGGACUAGAAGCCUCUCCUCUCUGCGAGAGAAAGGCCUGUAUGAUGUGCAGUCCACUACUGAGCCCACCAACUUGAUGGCCACCAUCUUUUGGAUCGCAGCAUCUUUAUUGGAAUCAGAUUAUGAAUAUGAAUACCUCCUGGCUCUCCGGCUUCUCAACAAACUGCUUAUCCACUUGCCGUUGGAUAAAUCAGAGAGUCGAGAGAAGAUUGAAAAUGUACAAAGCAAAUUGAAAUGGAAUAACUUUCCAGGCCUCCAGCAGCUCUUCCUUAAAGGUUUUACCUCAGUGUCUACCCAAGAAAUGACCGUGCACCUCCUCAGUAAACUCAUUUCUGUCUCCAAGCACACCUUGGUGGAUCCUUCCCAGUUGUCAGGCUUUCCUCUUAACAUCCUUUGCUUAUUGCCUCACUUAAUCCAGCAUUUUGACAGCCCAACUCAGUUUUGCAAAGAAACAGCUAGUCGAAUAGCAAAGGUUUGCGCAGAAGAAAAAUGCCCCACGCUUGUGAAUCUGGCUCACAUGAUGAGUCUGUACAGCACACACACGUACUCCAGAGACUGUUCUAACUGGAUCAAUGUCGUGUGUAGAUACCUGCAUGACUCCUUCUCAGAUACAACAUUUAAUCUUGUGACUUACCUUGCAGAGCUGUUAGAAAAAGGAUUGUCCAGUAUGCAACAAUCAUUACUUCAGAUUAUCUAUAGCCUGUUGAGUCACAUUGACCUGUCUACAGUCCCAGCCAAACAGUUUAAUCUGGAAAUCAUAAAGAUUAUUGGCAAAUAUGUGCAGAGUCCUUACUGGAAGGAAGCCCUCAACAUAUUGAAGCUAGUGGUGUCACGCUCUGCAAGUCUGGUGGUGCCCAGCGAUAUCCCCAAGACCUAUGGAGGAGAUAUAGGUUCUCCUGAAAUAUCCUUCACUAAAAUUUUUAAUAAUGUCUCUAAGGAGUUGCCUGGGAAGACCUUAGACUUUCAUUUUGACAUCUCUGAGACACCCAUCAUUGGAAAUAAAUAUGGUGAUCAGCACAGUGCCGCUGGAAGGAAUGGGAAGGCAAAAGUGAUCGCUGUGACGAGAAGCACCUCCUCCACCUCCUCUGGCUCCAACUCCAAUGCCUUGGUUCCUGUCAGCUGGAAAAGGCCACAGCUAUCACAGCGAAGAACAAGAGAAAAGCUAAUGAGUGUGCUUUCUCUCUGUGGUCCAGAUUCUGGCCUCCCGAAGAAUCCCUCUGUUGUGUUUUCUUCGAAUGAGGAUUUGGAUGCCGGUGACCAACAGACUAGCCUGAUUUCUACGACGGAAGAUGUAAUUCAAGAGGAGGAAGUGGCAGUGGAAGAUAAUACCAGUGAACAGCAGUUUGGUGUUUUUAAGGAUUUUGACUUUUUAGAUGUUGAACUGGAAGAUGCAGAGGGUGAAAGCAUGGACAAUUUCAACUGGGGAGUCCGCCGGCGCUCGCUGGACAGCAUUGACAAAGGGGACACGCCAUCCCUCCAGGAGUACCAGUGUUCAAGCAGCACCCCCAGCCUGACCCUGACAAACCAGGAGGACACAGAUGAGUCCUCAGAGGAAGAAGCAGCCCUCACAGCGAGCCAGAUCCUGUCACGCACACAGAUGCUAAACAAUGACCCUGCUGUGGAUGAGGCAUUGACAGAGCACCCAGACUUGCUCCUGCAGUCUCAGGAUUCCACUGGCAGCAAUACAGCCGAGGAGGUGCUACAGAUCAGAGAUGAGACCCCCGGUGUGGAGGCUCGUCUAGAUAAUGCUAGCAGCCAGCUGCCUGAGGAUACAGGUUCAGUAUUAAAGGAGGAACAUGUUACAGCCUUUGAAGGUGAAGGGUCAUGUGUUACUCAAGAGCAGCAGGACUCUCUUGUGGGUCAAGGAAUGCUUGAUUUAGAAGAAACUGAAAUGCCAGAGCCUCUGGCUCCUGAAAGCUACCCUGAAUCAGUCUGCGAAGAGGACGUGACCUUGGCUUUGAAAGAGCUGGAUGAGAGAUGUGAAGAAGAGGAAGCGGACUUCUCCGGACUGUCCAGUCAAGACGAGGACGAACAAGAUGGUUUUCCAGAAGUACAGACAUCACCUCUCCCAUCACCUUUUCUUUCUGCCAUAAUUGCGGCUUUUCAGCCCGUGGCCUAUGAUGAUGAAGAGGAAGCCUGGCGCUGCCACGUCAAUCAGAUGCUGUCUGACACCGAUGGAUCCUGUGCGGUGUUUACUUUCCAUGUGUUUUCAAGGCUGUUUCAGACAAUUCAAAGAAAGUUUGGCGAAAUAACUAAUGAGGCAGUCGGCUUUCUUGGUGAGAGUCUGCAGCGCAUUGGUACCAAAUUUAAAAGCUCGUUGGAAGUGAUGCUGAUGUGUUCAGAAUGCCCGACAGUCUUUGUGGAUGCUGAAACACUGGUGUCAUGUGGUUUGCUAGAAACACUCAAGUUCAGUGUUUUGGAGCUGCAAGAACACCUGGAUACCUACAAUGCCAAAAGAGAAGCAGCUGAGCAGUGGUUAGACAAUUGUAAGAAGACGUUUGGUGCUAAAAAAGACACAUAUUGGAUAAACACAGAUGCACAACAAAUGGAAAUUCUAGCAGAACUGGAGCUCUGCCGAAGGUUAUACAAACUGCAUUUUCAGUUGCUGCUUCUCUUCCAGGCCUACUGUAAACUUAUCAACCAAGUAAAUGCAAUAAAAAAUGAAGCAGAGGUCAUCAACAUGUCGGAGGGGCUUGCCCAGCUGGAAAGUAUACUCAAAGAAGCCGAGGCUGCUUCGGAAAACGAAGAAAUCGACAUUUCCAAAGCUGUGCAAACCACGAUAGAAACUGCCAUUCAUUCUCUAAUUGAAACUUUGAAAAAUAAGGAAUUUAUUUCAGCUGUAGCACAAGUCAAAGCUUUCAGAACUCUGUGGCCCAGCGACAUCUUUGGCAGCUGUGACGAUGACCCUGUGCAGACGCUGCUGCAUAUCUACUUCCAUCAUCAGACACUGGGCCAGACGGGCAGCUUUGCAGUCAUAGGCUCUAACCUGGACAUGUCAGAAGCCAACUACAAACUGAUGGAGCUCAAUCUGGAGAUAAGAGAGUCUCUGCGCAUGGUGCAAUCCUACCAGCCUCUAACACAGGCCAGGCCCGUUGCAAACAUGGUGAGCACCGGGUUCUGAGAAGUGUCAGACAUUACAGAGAGGAAAACUAAACUGCAGAUGAUUAAGAAUAUUAACCAAGCACCUUUUAUGAACCCUUGCAAUUCACUGAGAACUUUUCUGGCAGCGUUUACAAUUAAAGCGUAACAAAUGGCAAACCAUGAAAAGCAAAGAUCUGAAGAGAGGACUAUUUAACAGCUGCCAAUACCUCCCAUAACAACUGUAUGAAAAAAAUUUUUUAGUUACUUAACCUACGUGAGAAGAAAAGGGCUAAAAGUGAUGCAUAUAUUACUUUCUGGAGAAAGAAGAAUUCCAAGAGAGUCUGCAAUAACGGCCUGUAAUUCUGAGACAUGGAGAGCAGGUGACAUGGGGCUGAAAUGGAGGCUGGUUCAUUGUAGCUGAAGACCUGCAAAGUGACUUGGAUUUCUACCAGUCAUCAACAUAAUCCACAGUUACUACUUCAUCAUCUACGUGAACAUCCAGUAGGACAGCUAUACACAAGACUUAUUUGCAAAAAAAAAAAAAAAAAAAAAAAAUUGAGUUUUUUUUUUUUUUCCAACUUAUGGGAUAAGGGUUUGGAGUGUUUUUGUUUCUUGGUCUGUGUAAGGAAUUGUGUGUGUGAGUUGGGAUGUGUGAAUAUGUGACAGUCCUAUUUUCAAGGUAUGGAUGUCUGGUGAUUACUCUCAGAGCAUGCCUAAAAGAGCACUGCAAGAUUAUUUUUGAAGAAAUUUUAUUUUAUUAGCUCUAACUCUUCCUAGUGUGUAAAUGUUAGAACAUUUUAAUAAUAUUUUAAAACUGGGCCUUCCCAGUAUUUCAAAAAGAAAUAAUAUAUCUGUUAACGUUAUUGGAAUGCUGCUCAGUUCUCUGAUCAGUGCUUAUGUUAUGAUUGUUGAUAACUAACCAAAGUAGACGCCUGCAGAGACUUUAAAAUGUAAAAUAAAGAUGUGUGCUGCCCGUCAGCUAUUCUCCUUAGAAAAGUUAACUUAUUUUACUCCAUAAUUAUUACAGGAACUGUAUAGACUAAAACCAGUAUUUUCUUGUACAUUCGUGCCAUGCACUGUUAUACAAGAAUAGGUGUACAAAGCUAAAGGAAAAAUUGUGGUCACUGAUGACAGAAUAUGUGGUUUGCAGAUUCUGAAGUACGCAGAAUUCAAGAGAAGAGAUGCAAAAUGCAUUUUUAUGUGUUUAUUCAGGACUCACAUUUCUUAAAGGAACCUGGGGCUAUGGGACAAAAAGAAAGGAAGCCUGAAGACUGACUACCAAAACACGCAAUAUACUUAUCCACUGUCUGAGUCUGUAGCAUAACACGAACUGGAUUCUCUGUCCUUUUUUAAAUAGCAUUUUGUAAAAAGAAAUGAAUGUAGUCCCACGACUCCUGAUUUGAAAGGAACACCUUGUAUUUUUUAUAUGCAUCUCUUACCCACUGUGACUUUCUUUUUCAACUAGGCUCUGUGAUUCCAGAGUUUGGAAUGUAGAAAUGAAAUGCUUAGCUUUGCCUUUUCUUGGGGGUGUGGACCCUGCCAGAAAUGUAAUUAUGCUCAAGUGCAUUAAUUGAAGGCACUGUGCACGCCGUUGGACUGCUGACCACAGUUAUGUCUCCUGCAAGAUUCCAUAACUGGUCACGGCACAUUCAUAAUCACUGUAUUUUUUUGACCCUGAUAAAAAAAAUUAUUUUAACGGUGUUCUGGUACUGUAAAUGGUGUCCUUUAAAUUAUUUAAUAAGUGUUGGGUGUGGGGCAGGCAGAGAGGGAUGGUGUCCAGAGACACACCACACUUUACAUCCUAGCUUACUCUCCCCUUUUUUUUCCUCACCCUCCUUAGAUCCUUUUUGUUAAAAAUAAAAAGCAUUGUAGCUCUUGGUUUGUGUGGUAUUUUUAAAAUGGAUGAACGACUGUAGUGUGCAUCAUUUAGAAACUUUAAAGGGUACCUGCAGAGCUCUCAAGUAACUUUUAAAAAAGAGAACAAAAGUAGUCAAAAUAGACUGCCCAAACCAAAACUUUCAACAGUUGAAAACUGGCCUUUUGCAUUUAUAUGUAAUUUAGAAAUAUAUAAAAAUGAGUACACCU